CAAAAUCGGUGUUCUGGUCGUUUGAUGGACCAGGGAGGGUCAGGUUCAUGGUGACCUCUUCCUCCUUUCCGAGCUGUGAUUUUAUACUGGUGAUUGUUGGUAUUGAUACAACAAGAGGGUUGGAGUAAACCGCACUUGCUUCGACCCCCUUUCAGGGCAAUGUCCAUAUCUGUAACUUUUUCCUUAUUUUCAUAUUUAAACAUGAAUAUAUCUUCUGAUUCUACUUUCGAAUCCAACAAGAACAUCACUCAGCCUAGUUUCCAGUGUAACUUCUCUGAUGCAUUGAAUAUAAAGACAUCGAAAUAUGAAGAGCAAACAGAAGGUAUUCAUUCAGAAUCAAUAUGGAAAAAUCCCACAGAAGAACAUACUGUAAAAUCUAGUACAUCAUCUCAUGAGAUCUCACAGGGGAAUGUGAGAGAACACAUUUCCAGAGAGGUUGAAGAAACUGUGGAAAAGAUUAAUUUAAAAAGAAAACAAGACACAUCACUUUUGGCAGAUUUUAAAAAAUCUCUUGAAAUUCAAAUAAAUAGAACGUACAGUAUGGUUGAAGAGUCUAUGUACAGUUUAUACGAAAAAACUGGCAAUGAAAUAGAAUGCAAGUUACAAGAGCUGUCUGCCAUCUUGGAACGGAUCUCUAAACUUGAAACCGAACUACAAGAAUUUCGAUCGGCGUUUGAUGUAUUAUAUCAGGAUCUUCAACAAUCAAUCAAUCUCCAGGGAAAUAAUUAAUCACCAUGUCAUAUAAUCUUUGGAAAUUAUUGCUGUUUGUUUGUUGAAAUCUUUCAGCUAGAUUUUAAUUUUUCAGUGUCUUGUUUAAUCUUCAUUCAAUUUAUAUACCAGAAAAUUAUUAUUUAUUGAUUAAUAUCCCAGAAAAAAAUCUUAAGAUUCAUCCGAGCCAAACAUCAACCAUCUUUCUUUCAUGGUAUCGAUAUUUAUUUGUAGAUGUUUAAAGGUUUUGUUAUUUC